AUAAAUAAUAAAAAUGGAACCUAAUUUCAUGUCUGAUGUGGACGUUUAUAGAACAACUGAGCAAGAGAAUUUGGUCGAUAGAGUUGUGCUGGCAGAGAUGUUGCUGAGAGAGCAAGGGUUUUUAAGCGGGACUACUUAUUUGGUCAAUUUGAGCAAGGAGAAUAGGUAUGGGAUUGAUCUGUUGAAGAGAGUUAAGAGGUAUUAUGGGAGGAAUGAGAAAUAUGUUAAGGGAAGACUAGAUAUUAAGAUUUUAUGAACUGAGGAUGGUAUCAGAGAUAUCAACAAGAUUAUUUCAAAAUACAUCCCAAAUAAGAUCACCACUCUCACAAUUAGCAAUAAUAGCAUUUUUGCAGAAAUGAAGUUUGCAUCAUUACAAAGAUCAGUUCUUCGAGUUAUCCCAAAGAUCAAAUAAAAUGCUCUCAAUCGAAUACUUUUUCAUCGGUCAAACCUCUCUCAAAAAGAUAUUCACAAUCGCAUACCAAACCCCACUCAUAAAAUUCCCCUUCUGCCUCCUCUCAACCACAAACCUCUCCCUUCCAAAGCUCCCCUACCUCAUAAAAUCAAUCGACUUCUCCUACUGCACAAUAGUCCCCUCCCACAACCCCAACUCUCCCCAGCUAAGAUUCGACUCUAAAAUCCCCCCUCCCACCACAGACCCCCUCACCCCCAGCCCCUGCUACCUAGACCAGCUCCUGGCCGACUUCCACUCGUGCGGGCUAUCCAAGUCCUUAAUGACCCUGGUGUUCCCUGACUUAAAGAUGAGCACUGACCUGGUCGAAGAAGCUGCUUCAAGAGCAGGCUUGGAAGAUGUAGAGAUUAAAGGGAGAAAUCAGAAUGGAUAUUUUGAAGUCAAGGUUUAGUGCAAGUGAAGGAUGAGGGAUUUGUUGGUCGUAA